CCACAUAUGUAAUAAGCGGCAGUUCGCUUUGCACUCGGGACAUUCCCCAUCCGCUGUUGGUAUUUUGUUUCCGCUGCGGCCUCUCUCUUUCUCUUCCCUCCCCACCUGUCUACACCCACCAUUGACGCUGACACACGACCACACGCACAAUGGAGGCUCUCAUGGUGAAGAGCCGGGCCAUGUGUCCAUUCCUGAACAAGACGUCGCCCGCCACGCUGCGCUCGCUGAGCACCAGCACAAGCGUGCAGCAGACCACGGCGCCCGGCGGCGGGGCCAUGAGCAACCUGCAGACCAUCGCUCGCCGCUGCCCCAUCAUGGGCAAGGCGCUGUCCGUCCGCAGUGCGCAGCUCGGCAACACCGUCCUCGCAGGAGCAUUCGGCGGCUCUCGUGCCUACCACUCGAAGGUCCCGCGUGCCAAUCUGCACACCACUGCUGAGAACAAGGCCCGCGCUGUCGAAUCUCCUCGCGUCCGCACCGAUGGCCCACUGUACGCACGUCAGCCCGCUGAACCCGCCAAAACGACCCAGCAGAGUGCCGUUCCCGAACGAUAUGCCCGUCCGCCUCCACCACCGCAAUCCGAGAAAUUCGACUACGAUGCCUUCUACACAAAUGAGCUGGACAAGAAGCACAAGGACAAAUCGUACCGCUACUUCAACAACAUCAACCGUCUUGCCCAGGAAUUCCCACGAGCGCACAUGUCUGCACGAGAUGAGCGAGUUGACGUAUGGUGCUCCAACGACUACCUCGGAAUGGGACGCAACCCUCAGGUUUUGAAGAGAAUGCACGAGACAUUGGACAUGUACGGAUCUGGCGCGGGAGGAACGAGAAACAUCUCUGGCCACAAUCAGCACGCGAUGAGCUUGGAGGCGACCUGCGCGAAAUUGCACGCGAAAGAGGCUGCUCUGGUCUUCUCGUCAUGCUAUGUGGCGAAUGACGCAACGCUGGCGACAUUGGGAAGCAAGAUGAAGGACUGUGUGAUUUUGAGUGAUAGCAUGAACCAUGCUUCCAUGAUUCAGGGUAUUCGACACUCUGGAGCGAAGAAGAUUGUGUUCAAGCACAACGAUGUGGCGGAUCUGGAGGCCAAGCUGGCUUCUCUGCCUGGCAAUGUGCCAAAGAUUAUUGCUUUCGAGAGUGUGUACAGCAUGUGUGGCAGCGUAGGCCCGAUCGAGGAGAUUUGCGACCUGGCCGACAAGUACGGAGCCAUCACCUUUUUGGAUGAAGUUCAUGCAGUCGGCAUGUACGGGCCAAACGGUGCUGGUGUUGCGGAACACCUCGACUACGAAGUUUACGCAAACGGUGGAAACACCAAGGGAACAGUUAUGGAUCGCAUCGAUAUCAUCACCGGAACACUCGGAAAGGCAUAUGGCUGUGUUGGUGGCUACAUCGCAGGAUCUGCGAAGAUGGUUGAUACAGUCCGCUCUCUGGCCCCAGGCUUCAUCUUCACCACUUCUCUGCCACCCGCCACCAUGGCCGGCGCUGAGACCGCGAUCAACUACCAGAUGGAGUACCAGGGAGACCGCAGACUUCAGCAACUCCACACUCGCGCUGUGAAAGCGGCGCUCGAUGCGAAGGAUAUCCCGGUUAUUCCAAAUCCAUCUCACAUCAUCCCUGUCCUGGUCGGAAACGCAGAAGUCGCCAAGAAGGCUUCUGAUCUUCUCCUUGAGAAGCAUAAGAUUUACGUGCAGGCCAUCAACUACCCGACAGUCCCUGUUGGCCAGGAACGCCUCCGCAUCACUCCAACUCCAGGACACGUCAAGGAAUUCCGUGAUCACCUUGUUCAAGCUUUGGACAGCGUAUUCAAUGAGCUCAACAUCAAGCGCACCUCCGACUGGGCUGCGGAAGGCGGAUUCAUUGGCGUUGGCGUGAAGAAUCCCGAGGCCGUCGAGCCCCUGUGGACCGACUCUCAGCUUGGCUUGGAGGAAGUCUCUCGUGAGCUCAAAUCCGGCGAGGGCGCUCACGGCGUGUUGGAGCGCGUGCUCAACACUGCCAACGCGGAGGCCAGACAAGCCGUUGCUGCUGCUGCUUAAGCCACGCAACACAAGUUUGCGCUUGUCUACUUGUCCGCCUUUCCUGCGCGCGUGUCCGAUGCUGCCAAUGCUCUGCGAUUUGUCGCCAUUUUCUGAAGGCCUGAGAGAUGCAAAAUUUCGAGAUAGUUCCGCUGAUGAGUGCGAGAUUCUUCUAUGAUUCGACUCACCCAAAUACAAUCAUUUUGAUAUCCUGCUCGGGUCACAAUACGUUGUGACCCUUGAGCUAUCGCA